AUGGGAAAAUCAUCCAAGGAUAAACGUGAUAUUUAUUACCGAUUAGCAAAAGAGCAGGGUUGGCGAGCUCGCAGUGCAUUUAAAUUAUUACAGAUAGACGAAGAAUUUAAUAUAUUUGAAGGCGUUCAGCGGGCUGUUGAUUUAUGUGCUGCACCAGGCAGCUGGUCUCAAGUCUUUUCAAAGAAACUAAAUGAAAUUCGUCCGGAAGAUGCUCCGUUACCAAAGAUUGUUGCCGUAGAUUUGCAAGCAAUGGCACCUCUUGAAGGUGUAAUUCAAAUCCAAGGUGACAUUACAAAAGUAUCUACUGCUGAACAAAUUGUUUCACACUUUGAAGGGGAAUUGGCUGACCUUGUUGUUUGUGAUGGUGCUCCUGAUGUGACUGGCCUUCAUGAUAUGGAUGAAUACAUUCAAGCACAGUUAUUAUUGUCGGCUUUAAAUAUCACAACUAAUAUAUUGAAACCUGGUGGAACUUUUGUUGCAAAAAUUUUUCGUGGUAAAGAUGUCACUUUAUUAUAUGCUCAACUUAAAAUCUUUUUUCCAACCGUUACUUGCAGCAAGCCAAGAAGUUCAAGAAACUCCAGUAUCGAAGCAUUUGUUGUUUGUCAAAAUUAUACGCCACCCAAAGAUUAUAAACCAACAAUGAUAGAUCCUUUACUUGAUUUAUCAUACGGAAAUGAACUUUUGGGUCCAAAUCGUGUGAUCGUGCCAUUUAUAGCUUGUGGUGACUUAAGUGGAUUUGAUUCAGACAUGACGUAUCCGCUUGAGAAAGAAAGUUUGGAUCCUUUACAACCUCCAAUAAGUGCUCCAUAUCGAACUGCUAUCAAUUUGAAGCAAAAUAACUUUUUUAACAAAAUUUCAUAA